AUGGAGAGUAAUUCGCAUGAUGUGUGCAAUAUUGAGGGUAGCGUUGACGCGAGGAAGGACAGAUCGCCUGAACAAUGCAGUUCUUCAGCGCCGGUUUGUGCUGGAUACCGUCUCUUCAAUCGCCAGCGCUCAAUUCGGCAGAUAAUGGGCAGCGGAAAAGGUAUUUGACUUGGAAGAGACCGGGGAUUUCUUUGAUCGCUGCCGCGUCUCCAUCUCAAGUUUCUCUGCGAGGCCUCAGCUUUGCGGAACUGAUCACGAUUGAGCUUGAUUCUAUGUCGAUCCUCGUAGAAUUUUUUCUUUAUGAUCCAUAUCAAGUUUUAUCUUAUGUGAAUCGUAUGCGUGUUCAUUUAAUUGCGUUAUCCCAAUGCUAUCUUUUCCGAUUACUCUUUCUGAAAACCGAGGAUUUCAGUUGAGAUAUAAACGUAUGAUGUCGGCCCCUUUCAUUUCACAAGGAUCUAGCCCAAAGCAGAUCCAGAGGUCAACAUAUUUCUCCCAGCUAGGUUGGAUCCAGGCCUUUUGGGUGGUUGAUGGGUAGAACUUUACUGCGUCUCUGAGUUGACUGCCAUCACAAUUCUGUGUUUGCUUGUGAGGUAAUGUGUAGGCUUAGGGCCACACAUCACUUUAGAUUAUUUCUCUUCAUUGAUGGCCCGCGUCUAGCUUUUUAUCCAAACUUAAUGAUCCAAUGUAACGAACCAUAUCUGGACGAUAUUCCAGCAUUAUCCUUUUAGCAAGUCGAUGCUAAACCCAUGAUUCUUUUCAUGAAAAAAUUGAAUUCAGUUUUUAUUAUAAUAAACCGACUGAAAAAUUGGAUCCUUUUCUCUUAUGGCUCUUGAAUCAAUCUCAACUCUCUGCCCAAAACAAGAAACGUUUCCACCAAUUGAUGGAAACUUUGGGCCCCAGCCCAAAAUUUUCCAUUGAAUUUAUGCCCCUCUACUCGUUCUUGCUUCUUCCCAGCUGCGGAUUUGGUCCUUUGGAAGCACCGGCGGUUUUCAUUUGGUGUUAUUGCCGUUGUGACUGCGGCGUGGCUUCUCGUGGAGCGGUCGGGACUAUCGUUCCUCUCAAUUUCUUCAGAUGUUCUGCUGAUACUAAUUGUGAUUCAAUUCCUUCGGGUGAACGUUGCUGUCCUUCGAAAUAGGUACAUCUUCCUUCCCUUCUGUGGAAAAUGGUUGUUCUAGUUCUAGAAGAUAUGGUCUUCCUCACAACCGCUCUUCGUUAUGGCCUGAAAUGAUUGGGUGUUUUUUUAUCAGGCAGCUGCAGCCACUGCCGGAACUGGUGCUCUCAGAGGAAAUGGUCAACAACACUGCAUCUUCCUUUCGUGUAAAAGUCAACAGUAUGCUUCUCAUAGCUCACGACAUUACCUUGGGCAAGGACUUCAGAAUAUUUUUCAAGGUCCGGAUUUUAUGAUUAUGAUUAAUAUUAUUUUACACCUGAUGAAAAUUAUCAUUUCAAAAGCUCAGAAUUCUCCUGGUCCUCGUCCUUUCCAGGUUGUGGCAUGCCUCUGGCUGUUGUCGGUUGUCGGCAGUUUAUUUUCUUUCUUAACGCUGGCAUAUAUCGGUAAGUGGUUCGUCCUCUUAUCAUUAAGCUUCAUUUUUUUAUUUUAAUCUAAUUUUAUAAUUACUUCCGGGAUAGUUUCUACACUUUUCUUGAUGCCUGAUUACUCCUGCGGAUCAACUGGGCCUGCUUUAUUAUCAUAUACCCAUCUCAUUAUUCUACUUACAUGAUUUGAUUAGAAGCAUGGUUUGCAACCACCUUGCAUACAUGUCUUAUUAGGUCGAAUUUAUUCAUAGCAUAAAUGUCACAUAGAUUCUCUAUGAAUGUCACUUUACCGCAUGCAUUAUAGUUUGAGCAUGUCAUGUUUUCUAGUAUUUCAGACUUUUUGAUUUUUUUUUUUUUUAAUAUGCAAUCAUUGAUAAAUUCUCAGAAAUGAAACAUUUUUUAUUGGGCUCUUUUAGAGAAGCUCCAGGCUUAAAAAUAGUAGUAACUGUGGCGUGAUUUAUGUAAGUUUUUGGUAAUUCAUGGGUGACGUCAACUUGGGUUUUAUGUUCUUAUGGGUGGUAUUGGUGUUGGUGAUGGCAGGGGCCCUUGUUUCGAUCACAGUGCCCGCCUUGUACAACAGGUACGAGGAGGGUGUGGACAGGUGCGCCGGGCUGGUCCACCAGAAAUUCUCCAUGCAUUACAAGGUAGUCGACGAAAACAUCAUUAAAAGGCUCCCCAAGAGCUUCUCCAUGGUCAAGGGGGAUUGA